UAGUAAACAAUGCCACCACCGCCGCGCAAACAUUAAAAAACGCUGUUUUCUCUAUGAUCUACGUCGGUGGUGAGCAUGACUCUCCCCUGAGGGUGCAACUAUGAGCUAGACACUUCAGGCAGCUCAAUGUUAGAAGCUAUCAACAGAAAUAGGCAUAUUAAUGAGGAGUAGUGUGGGGAGAGUUGAGUAGCGUGCAGCGUUGAUGGUGUUGCUCUCAACCUAUUGAAGAUGAAUGAUCCUUUACAUGAUCCCUUGGGAGAAGAUCCCCUUGGGGACCAUUCGGAAUUCGAAGUUAAAGAAGAACCCUUCGAGUUUUAUGAUGAUUCUGUGUGCUGGGUAUCAGAAGGUGUCACAAUAAUUGAAAAUGGAGAAGAUGAAUACAAAAAUGACGAGGAAUCAGGAAGAAUGUCAGAUCAGGACUGUCUCAGUGGCUCCUCUGAACGUACCACAGAUACCCAAGGGGACCUCCCAGACAUGUGUCAGAGUUAUAAUGAAGCUGAAGGAAAUUGCUCUGUCAAUGGAAGGAUCUUGCCAGCUAAGGGCUCUAUUCCUCACAAGAAGAUAAAGGGGUACUCUUCAGAUCUAGACAUGAAGAGGUACUCCACAGAUGCAGACGUGAAAAGGGUAACCAAAGAGAAACCAGUGUUAAAGAAAAAGGAAGGUAAAUUUUAUUGUGAUGUAAAGAAAGAAAUAGUAUAUCAUGUGAAGGAAGAAAGACAGUACCAGGUCAAGAAAGAGAGUGAGGGGAAAUACAAGAGAGAUUUGGAACGCCAGUUAGCUAGUUACAGAUCAAACAUCAAGAGAAUGCAGAAGAUCUUGGAUGAAGAAAGAGCUAAAAUGACAAAGGUACAAAAUGCGCUUAUAAAUCUGAGGAGAAGACUGCGAAGACGUGAGCUGAAGAUGAUGAAAACGAACACUACCAAAAUUGAAAUUAAGGAAGAGAGAGAGGAUAUAGAAGAGGAAGAUUUAAAGAAAAAGGAGAUGGAAAUGGAAGUAAAAGGACAGAUCAUAUUAGAUGAAACAUUGAUUAAAAAAAGGAAGGAGUUGGACAAAAUUCCAAAAAUAAGGAUAAAAAAGCUAAAGUUACCAAAAAGUUUUGAGAUAAAAAAUGAGAUUAUACUUAAAGAGCAGGAAAUUGAAAUAAAGAAACCAAUUAAAAAAGGUGUAAUGCAGGAGAAAAAAAGAGAAAAAAUUGAGCAGCCCAAGGAAUUAAAGCAAAAAAAGAAGUUAGAUGAGCUUAAGAAAAAGGAGGAUUUAAAAGGAGUCAAAAAAGAUGACGAGCAAAAGAAAAUGGAAGUGGAACAGACAAAGGUAGAAACUGAAGAAAAGAAUGUGAAACCAGAAAUUCAAAUAGCAACCUCGCACAUGUUGUGGAAUGUUUUGAGUCGCAUCAAAUCGGAAUCAUACUCAACAAAUCCAAUAGACAAUAGUAAGGAUGUACUGCAAGAAACAGAUGUGAAGUUAACCUUACAUCCACAUAACAAACCAAAUCCCUCUGAUGUUCCACUCUUGGUAAAGGAAUUCAUGUUGCGGGAUGAUGUGUCAAAAGCUUGUUCUCCUUCUGAUCUAGAUGAAGCAAUACCAGAAGCAAGAUAUCGAAUGUAUUAUCUCUUAAUCCUCCAUAAGCAGUUUGUGGCAGAGUAUGGAUUAUUAUGUAACUAUAAAACAUUUGCUAAUUAUGUUCCCAAAAAUGUGCUAAAACCUAGUCCUCGCUUCUGGAAGACUUGUACCUGCUUUCCCUGCCUCAAUCCUGAACUGAAAUUUGAAAAUUUAAACUCCCAAGGUUUACUAAAUAUGAGUGGUAUGGAAUUAGCAGAUAUCCUUCAGGAUUCUGAAAUGGAGAGUGCUCUUAUGACUCAGUUGCGUAAAUUGAGAGAAUCUCGAGAUAUACUUCCAUAUGAUGCAUGGGAAAAGACCUGUAGUGGCACCAUACACUCAAAACGGAGAAUUGUAAGUGAACCAGUAGGCAUUGUGGUGGCAAAGUUUUUCGAGGAACUUAGCCUUUUGAAAGCUCAUAUUCAGAAAACAUUUUGUCAGUUAGAUGCUGCCAAAUUGGCACGGGAAAGAGCCAUGCACUCGACUGACGAAGUUACCUUACACCUGGACUGCUCCCCAAUACCUAUAUAUCGCCAUCCUGAGUCUGAAUGUGCUUCAUCUGACAUUGCUACUAUCCUUACUGUUCUAACAGGUUACCUCUGGACUGAGGGUGGUUUUCAGACUGUGAUAGCAAUGUCUGAUAGCAAGGAUUACACAACAGCUGCUGUUUGGGCUGGUCUGGAGAAAAUUUUGCUAAAAGUUAUCCAAGCUGGUAAGAGUAAAAUUAAUAUAAUAUCAGAUUGUCCAACAAACAGAUACAGAAAUAAGAGCAACUUUUACUUUAUGAGUGACUUUGCUCAGACAUUCGGUGUUUGCUUCCGAUGGGUGUUUCUUGAGUUGGGUCAUGGGAUAGGCCAUGCUGGCAUUGUGAGAGCUGAUUUUGAUCGUGUUAUACGUGAUCAGAUAUCUAACAGUUCCAUUAAGCCAGUUAGGAAUAGCUGUGACGUCCUUAGUUUAGUACACUCUCAUACAUCAUCAGCUGUCCAUACAUAUACAGAUCAAGAUGUCAAAAAGUAUAAGUUUUUGUUGCCGAAGUUACGUGUGGUACAAGGAACUCAAAAGUUUCAUGAGGUUAUUAUUCUCCCAGAAGAUUUCUGGGUGAGAGACGUGGUGAGUCAUGAUGCUUUUAGAAAAUUGUCUAUUUAAGGUCUGUUUUCUUCAAGUACAGGUACCAUCCGACUUACGACCGAGUUCGGUUCCGACCAACCGGUCAUAAGUCGAAAUGGACAUAAGUCGAACCUUACUGCUGAAUAUCAACAUCACAUUUUUGUAAUGACUUUAUUUUAUUGUUUUAUUUUGGUAUUUCAUUUUUUACUUUACUUUUUAUGCUGUUAGUACUGUAUUUUAUACUGUAAGGUUUAGGAUAAACACUGUAUACAACACAAACAGUUGUUUAUUUCCCAGAAAUUUGGCAUACAAAACACGGUCGCAAGUUGAAUGGUCGUAUGUCGAGCAGGUCGUAAGUCGGAUGGUAGGUGUAUAUGUUACUAAACUGUAUAUUUGUAAUUUCCAUUUGACAGUGUCAUAGAGUGCAUUCUUAGUUGUCUAUUUUAAGUAUUAUUUAUAUCUUUAUGCUGCUGUCUUAGCAAGUAUUAAAAGCAUAAAGAAAUAGGUAAAUUUUAAUGUUGCAAAUUAUUACCAUCAUUGGUUGUACAUAAAUGGAAGUAUAGUACAAGCAAUUUGAAUGUCAAGAUUAAACAUUUUACAUGGACAUUUUGUCACUGAUGCUUCAAUGGCAUUAUAAACAGUGUAUAUAUAUAUAAAUAUAUAUAAAUAUAUUUUUAACAUAUUUAACCUUUUUUUAAAAGCUUGUGCACGUUGGUGUGAACUGAAUGAUGUGCACACCACUCGGUCAGUUGGUUAAGCACCAUCGGGUCUGACGAGUGGUGACCAUGUAGACACCACCUUGCCCUUCACUGGUGGACUUCAACAAGGCAGUUAGGGGGCUUCCUGUCACAGGCAGGAUGCACCCACAUCCUUAAUCACAAAUAUCACAAUACAAAUUAUAAAAUCUUAAGAUGAAAUUUCUUCUGAGUGAGACAGGAGUUCUUUCUUGAACUGAAUUAGCCUGUUUUAAUGAGUAAUAUCGUUCUGUUUUUUAAUGGUAUACAAAACUUGAUUAAAAAAUUUACAGGUGAAUGAUAGGAUGUUGUGUUCAUUGUCGCAUAUUCAAGUUCAACUGUAUGAGGUAACAGUUUUUUGAAACAGAAAGUAAAAACUUUCAUUUUUCCUUUUAUUGAUUUUAAGAGUAUAACCUUCCUACAUUAAUUUAACAGUGUAAUCCUAGUUAAUAUUUUACCCUGUGUUUAUACUUGACUUAGUUUUAUGUCUGUUCUUAUAUUGUUUUUUUAUAACAGUUUCAUCAUUUAAUCUUCAGAUAUACUCCGGUUAUACAUUUGAAGAACACCAUUUUCACCUUUAAUAAUUUAUGAUUGAGCUGGCAAGUGGUAACAGCUUCACUUUCAAUGCAAACUGAUUCUCCAAAUAUAGGAAAACCUUCAUAAUAAUGGGUUCAUGGGACUACUGCAUAGCAGCAUUUUCAGGCUGAAUAUGUGGUAAUGGUAAAUAAUAGAUUUAGUUCCAUCGUGAAAUAAUAUUGAUGAUGCUUGAGUCCUCUUGUUACCUGUUAGCUACAGUAUCUGUGUCUUGGAUGCCUUGCUACCCACAAACACUCCGAAGUGCGGGCCUUGAAAGAAAAGUCGAUUAUCCCUAGCUAAACAGUUUUACAUUACUAUAUUUCCUCUCCUCCUCCUUACAACAUUAAAAGAUGUAUCCCUUCUUCCAGAGUUAAAUGGCAUACUUCCAAAAAUAACAAAAGAAAGACAUAUUGGUGAACAAGCUCUUAUUGGGACAUACUGAUUUGUGCAGAUCUUUAUGAAGUUGUAAGUUAUUUCAAUAUAAGUUUGUUCUUCAAAGUGUCUUCACUGUUAUCUUCUACUUAUCCAUUCCAUGAUGUUAGUUUUUUCCUGUUACUCUUGUUACUUAAACCUGCUAGCUUACCAUUUCUCAUUUUUUUUUUAAUAUCCAAGCUCUUGUAUAGUGUAUCUACUUAACCCUUAAACUGUCCAAACGUAGAUCUACGUUUACGCGCGUAACGCUCCGACCUUGAUUUUCUCCAUUUGAAAGCAUGUAAAAAAAACUAGUUCUACGUUUAGAGCGCUACGCAAGUGAACGUAGAUCUACGUUUGGACAGUUUAAGGGUUAAUAAGUUGCCCUGCACCUCGCAGCUCUACCCUUGCUCAUCUUCCACUUUCUUAUUAUUCAUUAUUUCCAUUUUUGUUUAUCAUUAAAGCAUUGGUUAUUUCAAGAUACUAAAUUUCUGAUAUUUCAUUUAAUGGUGAAUGGUUGGUGAGUACACUUAAAAAUUCUUACUUGACACAUGCUAAAUAUUUAAACUAACCUUUUCUAGUAUUUCAUUAACCUGUUCCAAUACUGUAUUGAUCUUUUCUAAUACAUGUACUUGAUCUGUUCCUUCACUAAGCAGCCGUUCACAAUGCACUAACAAAGGCUGGAUAGUGAGUUUACCAAAGUGUAUCCAGUACUUGUACCACCCUAGUAAGCGAGACUGAUUUCCAAACAUGUUCAUUUGUCCUGGAAUCAAUGGCUAAUCAGACUGGGAGAAAUUACUAAGACAUACAAUCUGUUGUUAAUCAGGGAAGAUUGGGGCCAGGUUGUCAUUAUCUUGAUUUUUUUGUCUAAUGUAUUUUUGGUUAGUCUAAUUAGUGUGGGAUAAAAUGUUAUGUAUAGAAUGACUUUUUUCUUUUAAUUUUAAUUUAUUUUUUUUCCUGCCGUGGGCUUCACAACACACUGCCUUGUGGUGUUUCAUAUUCUUUUAUAACUAUACCUAGUAUUCUGUAGUGUUUACUGUACCAUCUUCUGUCUUCUAGAAAGGGCAUUUCUAAAUCUAUUAAUCAUUCUUCGUUGGUCAUACUUUAAAUUUCAUAAAUUAUUUUAUUGCAUUUUCAACUUUUAACAUUUCCCUGUUCGUAUACGUAUUUGAAAGCUGUCGUAUUUAUAUUUUUUAACAGCUAUCUCACACCAAACUAGAGUGACCCUGAGAUGGAAAUGCAUCCACUAUGACUCAGUUCCUUGCUGUCAUUUCUGAAGUACAAGGACAUCACAGUUCAAAUGAUCAAUUGAGCCACAGCAUUCUUCUCUUAUACUUCACAGUGCAGACAAAGUAUAUAAGUGGGCUCCACACAGAAGCAAAUGCUUUAUUUGGAGCAUUCACAGAAACACAUAUAAGGGAUGUUAUGGACAACGAAGUAAUGGAUGCAAAAUUGCAAUGUGUGUAAAUGCAAUGUAUGUAAAUUCCGUAUGUAAAUGCUAGAGAAUAAGUAAGUCACAGGAAUGAGUAGGACUAUAUAAGACUUUUGCUGGUAUGGUACAGGGGUUUUGCACUGGCAUGUCAAUUUUAGGAUUGUCUUGUUAUGCUUGAAACCCCAUCUGUUCUGUGAGAUGUUUAUAAUAGUUUUAUUACACUUUCAAAGGUUAUUUGUAAUGGCAUUAAAAGAAUUUAGGCUAGAGUUUGCCACAUCCAUGUUGGUGUGAGGUUGAAAUGUAAGAAAACUGUAUUUCAGUAACAGUGAGGCCCAUGCUAAAUUUCCUAGUGUACAGACAAAAAUCAAGUACUGCAAACUUUAGUAGGCCGACAUAAAAUGGCUAGCGCAUUAGUCUGACAGUUUUAGAACUAGCGAGCCAUGGGAUUGAACCCUAUCUGUUCUGCGAGUCAUUUAUGACCAUUAUCUGAUCUUUUCAACAUAUCACUACAAACUGGAAAAUAGCAAAUGUGAUACUCAUCUGCAAAACUGGGAACAGGUCUUUAUCUUUGAAUUAUAGACAAAUUAGCCUAAUCUCCAUUGUUGGAACACUGAUGGAAUCAAUAAUUGCUGAGGCUAUUCGAAACCACCUUGAAAGACUUAAAUUGAUCAAUAAAUCUCAGCACAGUAUUACGAAGUGGGUGUACCUGCCUUACAUAUUUACUAACUUAUUUUACUAAGGUAUUUGAUGAGGUGGAUUAUGGUAAUGAAUAUGAUACUGUGUAUAUGGACUUUAGUAAGGCUUUUGAUAAGGUUCUAUAUUGGAGAUUUUUGAAAGUAAAGGCACACAGAAUAGGAGGUGAAAUUUUUUCCUGGAUAAGAGGCAUGGUUGAUAGAUAGGCAACAGUGUGUUUGCAUAAAUGGGGAGAAAUCAGAGUGGGGAUGCAUCAUAAACAGUGUUCCACAGGGGUCAGUGUUGAGCCUUUGUUGUUCACAGUAUACAUAAACAACAUAGAUGAGGGAAUAAAUAGCGACAUAAGCAAGUUUGCCGAUGACACCAGUGUAGGCCGUCAGAUUUAGACGAGGACACUAGAGCGCUACAGGAAGAUCUAAAUAGUAGAUUGAUGCAGUGAUUGGAGAAGUGGCUGAUGCAGUUUAAUAUAGAUAAAUGCAAAUUUCUAAGUGUUGGCAAAGGAAACAAUCAUGACACUUAUAAACUAAAGGAUGUAGAUCUUACUCACUCUAAAUGUAAGAAAAGGUUUAGGAGUUCUGGUUAGCAGGAAUCGAAAGCCAAGACAACAGUGUUUGGAAUAAAGCGAAUAGAAUUCUUGGCUUCAUAUUAAGAAGUAUAAAUAACAGGAGUCCUCAGGUUAUUCUUUGAUUCUGUACUAUAUUACUGGUUGUGCCUCAUUUAGAUUAUGCUGCACAGUUCUAGUCACUGUAUUACAGAAUGGGCAUAAAUGUGCUGGAAAACAUACAAAGAAGGAUGACAAAGUUGAUCCCAUGUAUCUGAAAUCUUUUCUACGAGGAUAGAUUGAAGGCAGUGAAUCUGCACUCUCUAGAAAGCAUAGAAUUAGGGGAGAUAUGAUUGAAGUGUAUAAAUGGAAAACAGGAAUAAAUAAAGGGAUGUAAAUAACAUGUUAAAAAUAUCAACCCAAGACAGGACUCACAGCAAUAUAUUCAAGUUUGAAAGGAUAUAGGAAAGUAUUGGUUUAGUAAUAGAGUUACGGAUGAGUGGAACAAACUCCCAAGUAAAGUCAUUGAAGCUAAAACCUUGAAUAGCUUUAAAAAUAGGUUAGACAUGUACAUGAGUGGAUGUGGGUGGGUGUGAGAUGAAUCUGCCUAGCAUGGGCCAGUAGGCCUACAGCAGGGCUUCUUCUUAAGUGGGUAUGACUUUGACUGCCUAGCAUCAUGGGCCAGUAGGCUUGCUGCAGUGCUCCUUCUUAUGUUCUUAUUAUGGUCAUCUCCCACCAAGAUAGGGUGACCCUAAAAAGAAGAAACACUUUCACCAUCAUUCACUCCAUCACUGUCUUGCUAGAGAUGUGCCAGUACUUUAGUUCAGAUGGCCUUCCAAAUUGCAAAUAUUCCCACCUUUUCUUCAGAGUGCAGGCACUACUACUUACCUCUAGGACUCAAGUUUGGCUAACUGGUUACCCUGAAUCUCUUCACAAAUGUUAACUUGCUCACACUCCAACAGCUCAAGUCCCAAAAGCCAUUUGCCUCCACUCCUAUCUUAACAUGCCUUCUGGAUAUCAAAGCUCCUUGCACACGAAACCUUUACCCCUUCCCCCCAACCUUUCUUAUUGCAACUCCUACACUGCCUUCCCUCCACUACAGAUUUAUCACCUUCCAAGUCAUCCUAUUUUGCUUCAUCCUCUCUAAGUAAUUUUUUUUAUCACGUCGGCUGUUUCCCACCGAAGCAGGGUGACCCAAAAAGACAGAAAAACCCCCAAAAAAGAAAGAAAAAACUUUCAUCAUUCAACACUUUCACCAUCACUCAUGCAUAAUCACUGUCUUUGCAGAAGAGCUCAGAUACGACAGCUUAGACAUCCCUCCAAACUGCCAAUAUCCCAAACCCCUCCUUUAAAGUGCAGGCAUUGUACUUCCCAUUUCCAGGACUCAAGUCUGGCUAACCAGUUUCCCUGAAUUUCUUCACAAAAUAUUACCCUGCUCACACUCCAACAGUUCAUCAGGUCUCAAAAACCAUUCAUCUCCAUUCACUCCUAUUUAACAUGCUCAUGCAUGCUUGCUGGAAGUCCAAGCCUCUCACUCACAAAACCUCCUUUACCCCCUCCCUCCAACAUUUUCAGGGAUGACCCCUACCCUGCCUUCCUUCUCCUACAGAUUUAUAUGCUCUCCAAGUAAUUCUACUUUGUUCCAUUCUCUCUAAAUGACCAAACCACCUCAACAGCCCCUCUUCAGCCCUCUGACUAAUACUUUUAGUAACCACACCUCUUAAUUUCCACACUACGAAUUCUCUGCAUAAUAUUUACACCACACAUUGCCCUUAGACACGACAUCUUCACUUCCUCCAUCCGCUUCCUCACUGCAGCAUUUACAACCCAUGCAUCACACCCAUAUAAGAGUGUUGGUACCACUGUACUCUCAUUCAUUCCCUUCUUUACCUCCUUGAAUAACGUUCUUUGUCUCCACAGAUACCUCAACGCACCACUCGCUGUUUUUCCUUCAUCAAUUUUAUGGUUAACCUCAUCCUUCAUAAAGCCAUCCACUGACAAGUCAACUCCUAAAUAUCUGAAAACAUUUACUUUUUCCACACUUCCUCCCUCCAUUGUGAUAUCCAAUUUUUAAUUAUCUAAAUCGUUUGAUACCUUUAUCACUUUACUCUUAUCUAUGUUUGCUUUCGACUUUCUACCUUUACACACCAUAAAUAAACAAAUAUAUACGUAUAUAUCAAUAACAGCACUGCACUAGCCAAGGAGUCGAACCCAUGCUGUUUUGGCCUGCCUCAUGGUGAGAGAAAAUGCAUGAUGCUUUAGACCACUAGACCACACAAUCUAGUGGUCUAAAGUGUCAUGUGUUUUCUCUCGCCAUGAGGCGGGCCAAAACAGCAUGGGUUCGACUGCUUGGCUAGUGCAGUGUUGUUAUUGAUCAAUACCACUUGUUCCAUGGGUACAAUAAUAUACAUAUACAGUGGACCCCCGGUUAACGAUAUUUUUUCACUCCAGAAGUAUGUUCAGGUGCCAGUACUGACCGAAUUUGUUCCCAUAAGGAAUAUUGUGAAGUAGAUUAGUCCAUUUCACACCCCCAAACAUACACGUACAAACGCACUUAAAUAAAUAAACUUACAUAAUUGGUCGCAUUCGGAGGUGAUCGUUAUGUGGGGGUCCACUGUACAGUGGACCCCCGGUUAUUGGCCCUAAUCCUUUCCAGAAGGUCGGCCAAUAACCGAAAUGGCCGAUAACCGAAUUAAUAUUUCUCAAGAAUUAAUGGAAAUACAAUUAAUCCAUUCCAAACAAAUAUAUUCACAAAAAAAUAAGUUUUUUAACAAUUAUGUAAGAAUUACAUACCUUUAUUGAAGGCUAAUGCUGGCUUCUGGAAGAUAGGGAGGAGGAAAGAGAGAGGAGUUAGUGUUUGGAAGGGGAAUCCCUCUCCAUGAAGACUUUAAGUAGCAAUGCCUUCUCUGGGGUUACUUCCCUUCUCUGUCUAUUAUUGCCACUAGGACCAGCUUGAGAGUCACUGGACCCCUGUCUCAUAAAAUAAUUGUCUAGAGUGCUCUGUUUCUGGCAUCUCUUUAAGAUAUUCCUGAAGUGAGACAGGGUUUUGUCACUAAACAUGUUGCAGAUAUGACUUGUUUCAGCUUUGUCAGGGUGGUGUUUCUCUACAAAAGCUUGCACCCUAGUCCACAUUGCACACACCUCUUUAAUCUCUGAAAAAGGCACUUCCUUCACUCCCUCUUCCUCCUCCUCCGCAGCAAAUUCCUCAGCUGCAGUCUGUUGCUGUUCAAGAUGAAGCUCUUGCAGUUCUUCAGUGGUUAGCUCUUCCCUGUGGUCCUCCACUAACUCUUUCACAUCCUUGCCACUCGCCUCCAACCCCAGGGACUUCCCCAGUGCCACAAUAGAGCCCACAGGGUCAGGGUCAGCCUCAACCCCUUCAAAAUCCCUCUCUGGGACACAAUCUGGCCACAGUUUUCUCCAAGCAGAGUUCAAAGUCCUGGAAGUCACUCCCUCCCAAGCCUUACCUAUAAGACUUAUGCAAUGGAGGAUAGUGAAGUGAUUCCUCCAGAACUGUCAUAGGGUCAACUGAGUGUCCGAGGUCACUUCAAAGCACUUUUGAAACACUGCUUUUGUGUAGAGCUUUUUGAAGUUAGAAAUGACCUGCUGGUCCAUGUGCUGGAGGAGAGGAGUGGUGUUCGGAGGCAAGAACUUCACUGUGAUGAAACUGAAGUUCCUAAACACUUGGUCUUGCAAGUCUGGAGGAUGUGCAGAAGCAUUGUCCAGUACCAGGAGGCACUUAAGUGGCAAUUUCUUUUCCAGGAGGUAUUUUUUCACACUUGGGCCAAACACAUUAUUAACCCACUCUUUGAAAAUUUGCCUUGUGACCCAUGCCUUAUGAUUAGCUUUCCACAUCACACACAAUCUAUUCUUCAUGACAUUGUUUUUCUUGAACACACUGGGAUUUUCUGAGUGAUAUAUAAGUAAAGGCUUCACUUUAAAAUCCCCACUAGCAUUACCACACAAUAAAAGAGUAAGCCUGUCUUUCAUAGGCUUGUGUUCUGGCAGUGCCUUUUCCUCCUGGGUAAUGUAGGUCCUGUUUGGCAUUUUCUUCCAAAACAGGCCUGUUUCAUCGCAAUUGAACAUGUGUUGGGGUUUGAAUCCUUCAGCCUUUACAUAGUCCUGGAAUUCGUGAACAUACUUUUCAGCCGCACAUUUAUCAGAACUUACAGCUUCACCAUGCCUUACAACGCUGUGUAUGCCACUACGCUUCUUAAAUCUAUCAAACCAUCCUUUGCUGCCCCUAAAUUCACAAACUGCAUCACUUGUUCCAGGCAUUUUCUUUGCAAGAUCUUCAUGCAACUGCCCUGCCUUCUAACACAUGAUCAACUCCACAACACUGUCUCCCACUAAUUCUUUUUCCUUAAUCCACAAUAAUAAUAACUUUUCCAACUCUUCCAUUACUGGUGGCCUUUGUUUGGUUAGAAAAGUUACUCCUUUUGCAACAUCAGCAUCUUUGAUUUGUUCUUUCUUUGCCAGGAUGGAUGUAAUUGUUGAUUUAUUCUUGCUGUACAUCCUGGCAAGUUCCAUCACCUUUAUACCACUCUCAAACUUUUCUGUCACUUCACGCUUAAAUUCCAUGGUGUUUCUCACUUUUUUCACCACAGGAACUUUACUAGGAACUUUCUUUGGAGCCAUCUUUACUUAUUUCACAGUUGCACUGCAAGAAAAGCCACUAAAAACAAUGGUAAACAAGCAAAAUGUUUGGAUGUAUGAGCAGAAGCUUUCUCAGCCACCGAGAGACAAAGCCAAACUGAAGCGCAAGCUGCCCCAGUUGGCGGAUGGACGCGUUGAAAAUGGCCGAUAACCGUGCGAACAACCGAUAACCGAGUUGGCCGAUAACCAAACUGGCCGACAACCGGGGUCCACUGUACAGUGGACCCCCCGGUUAACGAUAUUUUUUCACUCCAGAAGUAUGUUCAGGUGCCAGUACUGACCGAAUUGGUUCCCAUAAGAAAUAUUGUGAAGUAGAUUAGUCCAUUUCAGACCCCCAACCUUACACGUACAAACGCACUUACAUAAAUACACUUACAUAAUUGGUCACAUUCAGAGGUAAUCGUUAUGCGGGGGUCCACUGUAUAUGUUUUUUGUUUUUUUUCAACAUGUCGGUCGUCUCUCACCGAGGCAGGGUGACCCAAAAAGAAAGAAAAUCCCCAAAAAGAAAAUACUUUCAUCAUCAUUCAACACUGUCACCUCACAAACACACAUAAUCACUGUCUUUGCAGAGGCACUCAGAUAUACAGUGGACCCCCGAGUUUUGUGAUUAAUCCAUUCCAGAGAGCCUGCCGAAAGUUGAAAUUCACGAAACUCGAAACCAUUUUCUCCAUAAGAAAUAAUGAAAAUAAAAUCAAUCCGUUCCAGACACCCAAAAAUAUUAAAGUAAAAUACUUUUUUUCAAAUUAACCCCUUCAGGGUCCAAGGCCAAAAUCUGAAGUGGUGCUCCAGUGUCCAAGAAAUUUUGAAAAAAAAAAAAAAAAAUAUUUUUUCUUACAGAAUUAAAGAGCAUAUUUUUGUGAAGGUAAUAAGACAAAAAAAAAAAUUCUGAUCAGUACUUACCGAGAUACAGUGCCAAGAAGUUUGUCGAAAAUGAUGUGGUGGCGGCAACAUCGACGAAUUCCACAUACGCGCAUUACAUUAUUUUGCGGUUUUUGUUGUUUUUUCUUUUCUUUUCCAAUUUUUUUCUAUUCCUACUAACAUUUGGGGCCUGAGAGACCAAUACUGUAUAUAAUGUAUAUAUAUAAACUCACUGUAUUGAACACAACUGCACUAAAGUUAUUAUCAUAUUAUUGUUUACCACUGUUGUUUAUUACAAUAAACAUGCACAAAUCUUGUAUAAUACUAAUGUUCUAUCAUAUAUUUACAUAUUUACAAUCACUGGACAUGGUUUUAGAACUGCUGGAGCUUGUGGAACUCCUUGAAACAAGGCACCAUGCACAGAGGCACCUUACAUUCCUAUAUACUGAACCCACGGAGUGAUGGUCACAUGUUGGUAAACAAUGGCACACUGAGCAUGAAUGGCGUAGGAGACUUGCUUUGUGUGCGCGAUGACGGGCGGACGGGUACCGGACGGUCGCCGAAUCACGUUAUUUUUUUUUUAUUAUCACACUGGCCGAUUCCCACCAAGGCAGGGUGGCCCGAAAAAGAAAAACUUUCACCAUCAUUCACUCCAUCACUGUCUUGCCAGAAGUCUAAUCACGAAACUCGAGGCCAAAUUUUGCCGAAAAAACUUGCCGAAAGUCGAAUUUCAUAAAAGUUGAUGCUGCCGAAACUUGGGGGUCCACAGUAUAUAAAAAUGUACAUGUAUAUGCAAAAGAGGAUGUGCACACACGCUCCAUAAGGAAGUGGAGAAGAAUCCUUCCUCCAUAAGCCAUGCGUCUUGUAAGAAGCAACUAAAGUGCUGGGAGCAAGGGGCUAGUAACCCCUUCUGUGUAAAUUACUAAAUGUAAAAAGAAAAACUUCAUGAAAGAGCUUUUUUUUUUUUUUUUUUUGUCAUCCUGCCUCGGUGGGAGACGGCCAGUGUGUUAAAACAAAUUAUAUUUGUGUGUAUUUAUUUAUUUAUCUGCUAUGCUUGAAGAAAUUAUUAGUGUGAUCUGUUUUUUCAUUUAUCAUUUUCAAAAAAUUCAUUGAUUGUAGUAUAUCUUGUUUAUUCCUGUCAUUAUCCAUUCAAUUUUGUAAAGGUAUAUGUACUUCUUAUUGUCUGUUCUGGAUGUAUUUUUUGUCGUAAUUUAAAGUAAUGUUGGUCUGUUUCCACAUUGCUGAUUCCUGUGAAUCAAGUCUUUCUAUUUCUUUAUAUUUUAUAAAUUUGUAUUUCUACAAAGGGGCAGGUAUCUCGAUACUGGUAAAGUGCUCUUGCAACAAGGCGUUGAAGCUACUCUUGGAUCAAACCUGAUUGCUUCCCAUUCCCCAGACAGCGUGUGGUCUCUACGGGUUAGUGCUUCUCCAUCAAUACAUAUACAGUAUAUACGUACAUAAUUCGAGUUUCCGCUCGUUUUGUGUAACAUUUUAUCCUUUUUUUUUAUGACUAUGAGCUAAGCGUCUUACACAAAGUGCUUUGUAAAUGUCACAACUACUACUACUACUACUACUACUACUACUACUACUACUACUACUACUACUACUACUACUACGACUAUCACUGCAUGAAUUUGUUAAUAUGUGACGUCCUGUGUCUAUCGAUAAUUCCUCAUAUGCAUUUUGCAUUCUCCAUAUAUGAUCAUUGUGGCUUAUAAAGUGUGUUGAAUAGUCUUAUGUGAAAUUUAGUGUUGAUGGCCUGAUUGAGCCUGGUUCAUCUACCAUGGGCCUAGAACAUAGUUAUAGCAUAAAAUGAAGGAUAAUUGUACAGCUGUCUCUCACUUUGUGCAGUACAUGCAUUCCAGUACCACAACAGCUGUACUAAAGUCAGUCUGGCCAUAAACCCUUAAUUCUGCAUAAUAAAACUCUUCAGUAUGUUUGUGUAUUGUACUGAUCAUAUGUUGAAUAUCUGUUGCAUGUAUGGAAUUGCAAAUAGAAAUAGAACAUCGUGUAAUAAUGAAUUCACAUAGAGCGAAGAAACCUGCUUAUGUAUUAUACAUUUGUUGUUAUGUCUUCUCUCUUUUUCUUAUUUUCCAAGAAUGCCAUUUUUUGCUUUACUUUGAUUUUUGUAUAGUCUCAAGUGCAUCUGACAUACACAAUGCCUAUUUUAUUAUUAUUUUUUUUUAGCAUUUCCCUAUCUAUAUACUGUACUAUACUAUAUACUAUGCUAUAUUAAAAUUUGCCAACAGUGUUUGUCUUUCCCCAUUGUACCAUAUUUAUUUAUUUAGUUUGGUGAUAAUUUAUUAUUUACAAUUACUUUAAGAUCUUGGAUCUAAUUGAAUGGUUCCUGCCAACAAUAAUGAAGAAAGGUACUUUUGUACUUAUUGGAACAGCAUUUUAAUCUAUUUUGUUGAAGAUAACACAAAUGUUGUCCCAGUGAAAGCUUGUUUGGCAAGUGUGUGUGUGUUUUCCUCAUCCCAAGACCCUAUUCUUUAUCUGGUGUUCCUUUGGAUUUCACCACAUUUUAUAAAUUACAUGAGGUUUACUUCCUAAUUUUGCUAAUUUCUGUUUAAUACUCUACACAGCAUUUUUCAAAGCUUAUACUUUUCAACUUUGGCCAUUUCUCACCAAGGUAAGGUGGCUCCUAAUAAUGAAGAAUUACAUUUGGUAUCACAAGUGCUUCAGCUGUCUUUUCCGAAGUGCAAAAAGAUCACAAUUUGACUCUCCAGUGUAACAUAGGUUAAUUUUUUUUUAAAUUAUGUACAUGUUUUAAGUAUCAGUUUAUUUAUUCUAGUCAGAUUGAGAACUUUCUUUUUUUAAAUAAUAAGUAUUGUAUUGGAAAGCAGUUUAUAUGAUACAUGAUGAAGGUUUAGGUAUGGCAAUAUAUUAUGUGCCAUUGUAUGUCCAUGUCACUUUCUAAGAUUUGGAAAGUAUCAAGUCUAUAAAAUAAACAUUUCACUCUGCUGUUAAAGAAUUGAUUAUUAUAAUUUCUUCUAUAUUUUUAUGACUGACUUAUGUGGUUACAGUAUUAAAUGUAGAAUUAUGCUCCUAAUAUCUUCUAAAAUAUCUGGAAAAAAAAUUUCAUUGAUGCCAUUAAAAGUCUCUGAAAAUAUUUGCUUAUAAUUCCUAAGGUGGAUGCAUUAUCUAAUAAUGAUACUGUGUCAAAUUAUUUAGAAACUUUAGUUUCUAAAUAAUUUGACACAGUAAAUAAUUUGACAAUGGAAUUUGCUAAUGUACCUGUUAUGUUCCAAGUUACAUAGGUAUUAUGUAAGUUUGCCAUAUGGAAGUCGAAAUGAACACAUCCUUCUUGAUAUAUCAUUUUAUCUUUCAAUAAGCAGUUGUAAUAUAUGAAAUAACAUUUCUUAGAAUGGUAAUAUAUGUAAAAUUUAUUGGGUGGAAGAGUGGUUACUGUAGUUGCAUCCACAAGGACAUGAUAGUACAGUGGUACCUCGAGUUUCGGCCAUAAUUUGUUCCAGAAGGCUGUUCGCAUGCCGUUACCGAAUGAGUUUGUUUCCAUAAGGAAUAAUGUAAAUUAGAUUAGUUCGUUUCAGACCCCCAAAAAUACACUUACAGAGGCACUUACAAAAAUACACUUACAAAAGCACUUACAAAAAUACACUUGCAUAAUUGCUCGAGUUGGGAGGUGUUCGAAACUCGAGAUACCACUGUAUAUUUAUUAACUGAUAUACUGGUUUUGGGGAGAGGGAACACUCCACAACAAUUAACCAACACCCAGAUGGUUGUUUUCUGCUAGGUGAAUAGAAGCACUGAGUGUAGGAGGUGCCCAUACAUUGCCUGCCCCAAAAGUUAAAAAGCAAGGCUUUUCAUUUGAGUCAGUUGCUUUGAGUACUGAGUUUUUUUUUUUUUUAACAUGUUGGUUGUCUCCCACUGAGGCAGAGUGACCCAAAAAGAAAGAAAAUUCCCAAAAAGAAAAUAGUUUUCAUCAUCAUUCAACACUUUCACCUCACUCAUGCAUAAUUACUGUCUUUGCAGAGGUGCUCAGAUACGACAGUUCAGAAGUCCCUCCAAACUGCCAAUAUCCUAAACUCCUCCUUUAAAGUGCAGGCAAUGUACUUCCCAUUUCCAGUACUCAAACCCGGCUAACCGGUUUCCCUGAAUCCCUUCACAAAAUAUUACCCUGCUCACACUCCAACAGCUCAUCAGGUUCCAAAAACCAUUCAUCUCCAUUCACUCCUAUCUAACACGCUCACACAUGCUUGCUGUAAGUCCAAGCCCCUCACCCACAUAACCUUUACUCCCUCACUCCAACCUUUUCGAGGACGACCUCUACCCUGCCUUCCUUCCCCUACAGAUUUAUAUGCUCUCCAAGUCAUUCUACUUUGAUCCAUUCUCUCUAAAUGACCAAACCACCUCAACAACCCCUCUUCAGCCCUCUAAUACUUUUAGUAACUCCACACCUCCUCCUAAUUUCCACACUGCGAAUUCUGUGCAUAAUAUUUACACCACACGUUACCCUUAGACAGGACGUCUUCACUGCCUCCAUCUACCUCCUCGCUGCAGCAUUUGCAGCCCAAGCUUCACACACAUAUAAGAGUGUUGGAACCACUACAUUUUCAUACAUUCCCUUCUUUGCCUCCAUAGAUAACGUUUUUUGUUUCCACAGAUACCUUGACGUACCACUCACCCGAUUUAUACGCCACAAAUAUAGAAGUAUCCUAAUUCUCAGCUCUGCUUUUUUUUUUUUUCAGCAAACUGCCUGUAUCCCCCCCAAGGCAGGGUGACCCAAAAAAAAAAAAUAAUGAAA